AUGGAUAGCAGGCUCAUUGAGAAAGUGAAAAAGCUCAUUGAAGGUGUGAUUAAAAUCCAUGAUCAGGAAGAGAGCUUGUUGACGAAACGUGCAAAAAUUGAUUGGAUUAGGAAAGGUGAUGGCAACAGCAGUUUUUUCUAUGCUCAGCUCACAGCUAGACAUAAUACCAAAAACAUCAAAUUCCUACAACUCGAUAAUUGGAAGCUUAUCAUUGGUCAGGCCAAUAUUGUGCACGAAAGUGAUGUUGCUGCAACAGUGGAGGAGUUCUUUACCAAGGGCUAUUUGCACAAGGAGUUUAAUAGGACUGUUGUGACUAUUAUUCCUAAAAGUGAGAGUGCUAAAAUCAUUAAGGAGUAUAGACCUAUAGUUGGCUGCACCAUUGUCCUCAAGAUCAUUUCCAGGGUCCUUACUGCUACAAUGAGGGAGAUAAUGCCUACUAUCAUCAACAAGAACCAAGCUGCUUUUAUAUCUGGCCAGGAUAUCCAUAACCACAUUCUCCUAGCUUAUGAGUUGCUUAAAGUGUAUGAGAGGAAACAUGGGACUCCAAUAUGUAUGUUUCAAAUUGACCUUCAAAAGGCCUAUGAUAUGGUCCAUUGGGGAGCCCUUGAGAAGAUUAUGCAUGAGUUAGGUUUCCCAACAAAGUUUUUCCAUUGGGUGAUGGCUCUUGUUACUUCAGUAACUUACACUUUUAAUAUCAAUGGUGAGUACUCUACACCCCUGCAAGCCAGGAGAGAAAUAAGGCUCAUUCUUAACCCUAGAAAAAGUAAGGUCUUCUUUGGGAGUGUGGACAUGGACACUAGGAGCAUUGUCAAGGCAACCACAGGGUUUGAAGAAGGCCACUUUUCUAUCAGGUACCUAGGAGUUCCUCUAUCUAGCAAGAAAUUGAAUAUCCAUCAUUAUCUACCCCUCAUAGAUAGAAUUACUCGCAGGAUUAGGCACUGGUCUAGCAGAUUGCUCAGUUAUGCUGGUAGGAUCCAAUUGGUUGAGAGUAUCUCUUGCUUUAUAGCCCAAUAUUGGAUGCAUAACUUUCCUUUACCCAAUUUUGUCAUUAAGAAGAUUGAAUCCCUGUGUAGAGCCUUUAUUUGGUCUGGUAAUAAGAAAAGCCCUGUGGCUUGGGUUAAGAAUAUGGACAUCUGCAUACGCCGUAGUUGGAUGUACAAUAGGCUAAAUCCUCAUAAGGGCUACACUCCUGAAUUUCUAAAAGGAUUAGAGAAAUUUUAUUCAUUUUCAAUGAAACAACCAGGCAUAUCUAAUAAUGAAAUUAGAUGCCCGUGCACUAUUUGCAAACACAUUGGUUUCAUACACUUCGAAGAAGUUAAAGUUCAUACUUUUAAGAAAGGAUUUACUCUUGAUUAUUGGUAUUGGACAUGUCAUGGAGAAGUUAAUCCAGAGUUGUGUGUACAAUUAAGUAGGAAACAAUAUGCACAAGAGGGAUAUAACAACCACCGCAAUAGAUUUGAGAAAAUGGUUUAUGAUGUUUUUGGACCACAACACCAAAUGCAGUGUGAUGAUGGUUAUUAA